GUGUAGUGACAAAUGUACCUCUGUUUUGUCUCCUGUUGCUUCUGGACGUUGUCUCUGUUGGGUACCCUUCGGAAAGGCUUUAGGAGGAUGCUAGAGGGGAGGAUGCUAAGGGGUGCAAGUCGCUAGGGGUUGGAGUCUGGGAGGGAUCGGGAAGGAUUCGAACUUGGAUUGGGAUGGACCCGGGGUGGAAUCGAGGUAGGAUGGGGAUGGAUCCGAGUUGGGAUCGAGGUAGGAUCGAGAUGGGAUCAGGGAGGGAUCGUGUUCGGGUCGGGGUGGGGUCGGGAUGGGAUCGAGUUGGGUUUGAGGUGGGAGUGAAUCAGGGUCAGGAUGAGAUCGAAUCGGGGUUGGGGUGGGGUUGGUACUGGUACGGAGUUCGACGCGAGAUCUGGUUGGAGUCUGGGAGGGAUCAGGUAGGGUUCGACUCUGGGUUAGGAUGGAACUGGUGUGGGAUCGAGGUAGGGUCGAGAUGGAACCGGGUUGGGAUCGAGGUAAAAUUGAGAUGGGAUCAGGGUAGGACCGGGUUGGCAUCGGUGUGGGGUCGGGGUGGAGUCGAAGUGGGAGCGAAUCAGGAUCGGGGUGAGAUCGAAUCGGGAUUGGGGUGGGAAUGGUAUCAGUGUGGGGUUCGAUACGAGAUCGGGUUGGAAUCUGGGAGGGAUCGGGUAGGAUUCGAGAUUGGAUUGGGAUGGAAGCGGUGUGGGAUUGAGGUAGGAUCGGGAUGGAACCGGGUUGGGGUCAAGGUAGGAUCGAUAUGGGGUCAGGGUGAGAUCGUGUUGGGAUCGGGGUGGGGUCGGGAUGGGAUCGAGGUGGGGUCGAGGUGGGAGCGAAUCGGGGUCACGGUGAGAUCAACUUCGGGUUGGGGUGGGGAUGGUACCGGUAUGGGGUUCGAAGCUAGAUCUGGUUGGAGUCAGGGAGGGAUCGGCGUUGAAACAUUGAUUGGGCUAGUCCUUAGUAUUCUAGCAUUCUUCUUUGCUAUCUUGUUCUACGUGAAAGAGGUCAGUCCCGGUCAGCAGGAGGACAUCCACAGCCUCGACGACGCGCUGACUCAAUUCCACAGCCGCCUCCGGCAGCUGGAGCAGCGACCUGUCGCCGCCCCCGAUGCCAUCUUUUCCAACACCUCCGAUCGCCUCGAAGCAUUGGAGACUGACGUCGGCUCCCUCAAGGACGGCGUGCAGUUACAGCAAACCGCAACGCAACAGUUGGAACAACGGAUCUGCACUGCCGCCAACCACUCGAGUUCGGAAUCGCGUGAGACAGCUCCAAAGUUCGACGGGCAGGAGAUCUUCUGCGACUCGGCGAAGACAGAUCCGAUUCCAUGGUUCCGCAAGUUCGAGCUCACGCUGCAGCUACACUACGUCAAAGAACACAAGCACCACGUGUACUUAUACUCCCGCUCGAGGGGGGCGUGCCAAGCAUGGUUGGACAAUCUCUUAUCCAAGUACGGAGUGGUAGCUGCCGACUUGCAUACCAAGAUCAGUUGGGAUGAUCUGAAGGCGGCGUGGCAUAAACGGUUCCAAGUAGAGCCACCGGAGAUCAAGGCAAUGGACAAGCUAAUGGUCUUCGAACAAGGCACGCUGCCGAGUGUCGACUGGAUUGCCGAGUACCAACGCUUGACAUCCGUCCCAGACAUCCAAAUGGGCUUCAAAGCCAUCCGCCACUAUUUUAUCUCAAGGUCGUGUUUGACAUUGAGCAAUGCCUUGACUCACGUCGAGGACACCUUGACAACAACGGCGGAACUCUUUGACAAGGCCGCGCAGAUUAUUAUCACUAACAAGGAGGCUAAGAACCUGCGUUUGUCUGCGGCAGGCCCGAGCAGAGAUCAGCAUCGACCGAAAGUGGCCGUGGUCGUGGCGGCAACGCUGUUUGACCAAACUAGCGAGGCCAUGUCUGCCAAUGAAGGGGACAGACUCGCAGCCGCCCGGGAAGGUGGCCGCUCCAGCAAAGGCCGAGGACGCGGCAAGACGAAGACAAACACCGCAUCUAGCCCCGGGCCCGCACUAUGCGCUAAUUUCCACACGUACUUAUCCUUCUAUGCACCACCAACUUCGCCGACGGAUGACGAAGUCGCGGUGGGGGACAUCCUUGCGUAUGUUACCAAGGUGGCCCGCGAGUUUCGCAAUCAGCGGUACGAUGACAACAACACACCGCUCCUUUAUGUCCGCAUCCAAGUUGGACAAGUGUCCUGCAACGCUUUGCUGGAUAGCGGCGCGUCUCGCAAGUUUAUGAGCCAAGCCUUUACGCAAAGGGCUGGCCUUGGUGCACAAGUUCAAAGGAAGGCAAACCCGACGGCGAUAAACUUGGCGGACGGAAGGACGCAGCAACUUAUCGACCGCUACAUCGAGGCCUUACCGGUGUAUUUCGCACCUCAUAUAUGCGAACCGGUGACGUUCGACAUUUUGGAUACGGACUUCGACAUUAUUUUGGGAAUGCCUUGGCUUGCAAGUGCGGAUCACACGGUCAAUUUCCACCGGCGGACUCUUACCGUUCGCGACGCCUUCGGCGCCGAAGUGGCGUGUACUAUUCCUCUUCCGCACCCUUCGAUUCGGUGUCAAGUGGUGACGGCCAAGUCAUUCCGGGCCACUUGUGCUUACGAGCAGCCCGACGAAAUCGACCUAUGUUUCCUACGGACCGUCGCGGUAGCCGACUCUUCACCCACGGACUUGUCUUCGGACCCUCGUGUGGUGCGGUUGCUUGACAAGUUCGCCGACAUCUUCGAGUCACCUACCGGUGUGGUGCCGGAUCGGCCGAUCUCUCACGAGAUCAUUCUUGAGGCCGGUGUCGUGCCGCCAAAAGGUUGCAUUUAUCGCAUGAGCGAGGAGGAGCUUACGGUCCUCCGCGCAUAACUCGGAUUUGUUGGACAUGGGUUGGAUCCGCCCUAGUAGCUCUCCAUACGGAGCGCCAAUUCUCUUCGUACGGAAGAAGAACAAAGAUCUACGAUUGUG